CACCAAAUCCUCCAUGUGUAGAACUAAAAUCACAGCUUUGCUCACAUUCUCACUCCCCUUUCAUGAGCUGUUAACCUCCCCCAGCUCAUCAUCAUUGGCCACCCAAUCCCUCCUUGGAAGCGACGCAAGGCCCCUCCGCCACCCCCGCCGCGGCCUUAAAGCCCCCGCCUUCGGGCGCCGGAGAGCGAGGAGAAGGAGGAAAGCCGCUGACCGAGAUGGCCAACGUCGAGGCCGGCACGGGCGGAGCUGGGAAGAGGUCGGGCGGAGGAGCGUAUUACUACGAGGAGGCGGAGGCGGAGGAGAGGGCGUGGACGGCGUGGUUGGUGCCGCUCAUCGUGGUGGCGUGCGUGGCCGUGUUCGUGGCGGAGAUGUACGUCAAUAACUGCCCCGCCCACCCCGGGCCCUUCGGCUCCUGCGCCGCCCGCUUUCUCCACCGCGUCUCCUUCCAGCCCGUCCGCGAGAACCCCCUCCUCGGGCCCUCCUCCUCCACAUUGGAGAAGCUGGGGGCUCUUGAGUGGAACAAAGUAGUCCAUCAAGGCCAAGGCUGGAGGCUUGUCACCUGUAUCUGGUUGCACGCCGGGAUCAUCCAUUUGCUGGCCAACAUGCUGAGCUUGCUCUUUGUUGGAAUUCGCCUCGAACAGCAGUUUGGAUUUGUGCGCAUCGGGAUACUAUACCUCCUAUCAGGCUUUGGUGGGGCUGUGCUCUCAGCUCUUCUCCUAAAGAAGAGCAUCUCGGUCGGUGCUUCAGGGGCAUUGUUUGGACUUCUCGGAGCGAUGCUUUCAGAACUUAUUAUAAAUUGGACUAUCUAUUCCAAUAGGGUUGCAGCUCUAUUGACUCUUGUGGUCAUCAUCGCGAUCAACUUGGGUAUAGGCUUAUUUCCUCAUGUCGAUAACUUUGCCCACAUUGGAGGGUUCUUAUCAGGUUUCCUCCUGGGUUUUGUUCUAUUAGUCCGGCCCCAGUUCGGCUGGCUGGAACGGGAUGAUCUCCCCGCUUCAGCCCAGGUUACAUCCAAGUACAAAGCUUACCAAUAUGUCUUAUGGGUGAUUGCAUUGCUUUUGCUGAUAGCUGGAUUCGUAGUCGGCUUAGUCAUGCUCUUUAGGGGACUGAAUGGGAACGACCACUGCCACUGGUGCCACUACCUGAACUGUGUGCCAUCAUCGAGGUGGAGCUGCGACGCCUAAGAAACAAUGAGCUUUUGCAGUUGAAAAGAAAAAAAAAAAAGACAAGCUUGUGGAGGCGGCGAAACUAUGUGAUGCCUUUUGUUUUAUCGUACUUCGAAUACAGGUGUACAUAGCUAAGAACCUCAUUUGUCGUAUCUGUUAUUCGAUCGUCCAGAGUGAUGUGUUACCAACAUUUCAAGUGUCUAUCCUUCAAUUCAUCUUUUCAGAUGUCAUGAUAAAGCUCGGUAUGGUGAUGGUAGUGGCAAGAUUGUUCAUGUGUAGGUGGGAUUAAGGCUAUUAAGAUCCCAUGAAUAGCUGCCAUCCUGUUGUCCAUUUGGUGUUCGGCAGCUCUCACGAUUCUUUUCUUAUGUCAUUCUUAUUAUUCUGCUGGUUGGUCUCA